ACACACACACACACACACACACACACACACACACACAGAGAGAGAGAGAGAGAGAGAGAGAGAGAGAGAGAGAGAGAGAGAGAGAGAGAGAGAGAAGGAUCAUGGCGAAAGUACUUGACGAGAACUACUUAGCCAUCACUGCAAUAGUGACGAUCGCUUAUCAGAUGUCCUUCUUCAUCAUCGCUGCAACUUGCAAGUUCGACAAAGUAACCGACUUCGCGGGUGGUACGAACUACGUGAUUCUGGCCGUGCUGACUCUGUUCCUGAAUUGGGAGCACUCCUAUGUGCGCAAAGUCAUCAUGACCUCGAUGGUGGUCAUUUGGGGACUCAGGCUGUCUAUCUUCCUGUUGCGCCGUAUCUUGCAGUGGGGGGAGGACCGAAGGUUCGACGACAAAAGGGCUAAUCUUCUCAAAUUCGCUGUUUUCUGGAUUUUCCAGGCGAUCUGGGUCUGGACUGUCAGUCUGCCUGUCACCAUCGUUAAUGCCGCAGAUUGGCACCCCGCCAUCGGUGCCGUUGACGUCCUCGGCUGGGUCAUCUGGGCGGUGGGGCUGGCGAUCGAGGCCAUCUCCGACCAGCAGAAGCUGUCGUUCAAGAGCGAUCCCGACACGCGAUCGCGAUGGUGUGCGGUCGGGCUCUGGAGGUACUCCAGACACCCCAACUACUUCGGCGAAAUCCUGUUAUGGUGGGGUGUGUUUCUGGCCAGCACCCCUGUUUUGCAAAAGGACCAGUUUGUUGCCGUUUUCGGACCCCUCUUUGUCACAGUCAUUCUCCUCUUCGUCAGUGGCAUACCCAUGCUUGAAGCCUCUUCAGACAGCAAACAUGGGAGGAACACCGAGUACCUCGAGUACAAGCGCAAAACCAGCCCGUUGAUCCUGAUGCCCACCAGCAUCUACGGCAGAUUGCCCGACUGGGUAAAGCUCGUCUUUUUCUUUGAGUUCCCCAUCUAUAACAACAUCAAUUAGAUCAGGAGGGGAAAAAAAAAAUAAAAAAAUCAAUUAGAUCAGAAAAACCAACUAGCCCGUAGCUAAGUUGCGGAAGAUGCACUCUCGUUUUCCAGAUUUCGAAAUCAGUAGAGUCAGGCCCCAAGACAGACAAAGGAUUGACAUACACAGCUUGGAAAGCAGACAGCAUGCCAUAGUGGUUAUCAGACGUCAUUCUUAUUCAUGGAGGUUUCGUGUACAGACAGUACAGCACGAGCAACGAGAUUGCACGACCGUUCCCCUUCGUCAUUGAUUUCGUUGAAUCGAUUGGCUCUUGUUCGUCUGGGGAAUCGGACUGACCCACCAGACAGAUAGAAUUAAAUUUUAUAAUUACUUCUUGUAUUUUGAUAGAAUUGAUAAUUCGCUGACUGAACUGGAGCGCUUUUUUCCGAUUUAUUACUGUAAGAAGGCAGCGGCGGUCCCAUAGAUGAAAAAAAAAAAAAAAAAAAAAAAAUGACGAGGGUGGAGAAAUGAUGAUAGCUGACGUGAG